AUGGAGUCUUCAGUCAUCUCUUUCUGUCAGAACUGGUCAAUAGUUUCAGCAAUUUAUAUUUUUCAAGCAAUUAAUAUAAAUCAGCGUCUCAAUCCAGAUACAACUACAGGAUAUAACUUAAAGCAAUGACUUGAAGAAGCAGCUCAGUGCCGCCUACCCUCAAUUGAUUUAAGCAAGUUUAAUAGCCCAGUUUCCCAAAGCAGUUUACAAGACAGACUAGAUGAGCUUUAUUCCCUACUUAAAAAUAAUGAUAUCCCCAAUCAAAAGCGAUCGAUAAAAUAUUUAUCAAUUUCAAAUAAAAAACUCAUGGACGAUAAUCAAAUAAAUAAAAAUACUAUUGCUUUUUUCGCAAGGCUUGAAGGAUCAGGAAAUAUUCAAACAAAUCUUAUGAUAAAAAACGUCAAUUGAAGGCUUGCUGCAGUCUUUUCAGGGAAUCCAAAGAUUUGCUUUUGCUAUAUUGAUAAUCAAUGGAAGAAUUUAAGCUGCAAAUGUAUGAACAAUAAUUGAAAUGGAUCUGACACUAUUCUUUGCUAUACCAAAGACAAAAAACUAGAACCGAUAAGUAUAAAUAUCUCGAAUCUGCAGAACACAGACUGUUUAUUCUGCAUGGGAAAUAAAAAUGCAGUAAAGAAUGAAAAGAAAAAUGCAGGAAAAGCGAUAAAUAAAGGCAACUUAACUGCUAAUAAAAACAGCCUUAAAGAAGAGAGCAAAAUUGAGACUCCUCAAAAGAAGAAGAAAAAUAAUAAUAAUUGUAUAGAGGGGCAAAAAAAAAAAGGCAGCUCCGGUAACUGUCGUAUUUCGAUAAUAAAUAACUCAACAAAACUAAGUGUUUUUUUUACUAACUCCCCCCCUCCGUAAGUGAACAAAACCAUUAGAAAAAUCGCUAUUUUUUGCCCAAAAAUCCACCCUCCGUUAGUGAACAAAAAUUUUUUUAAUAGAAAAAUUUUUUAUUUAAAAAAAUUUUGAUAUAUAAGUGAUAACUAGUAUAAUGAAAUCUAGAGCUAAUUCUGUCUAAUUUUAAACAAAUUGCUUUUUAAACCAUAAAUUUUAUAAAUUAAAAUUAAUAUUUUGCUUUCAAAUUUUUGCGAAUUAGGAUUUUUUUAAAUUUCGAAAAAAAAAUUUUCUAUAUAAUUUAAUUUUUUAAAAAAACCUCCCUCCUUGGAGUGAACAAAAUAUUUUUGUUCACUCACGGAGGGGGGACUAAGCCUAUUACUUGCGUCGAUUUUUUAUCUAAAACUAGUGAAUCAAAUACAAGAGAGUCUGAUAUAUCAGUCCCACAAGAUCCUGCAUUUCAUGACUUCUCAUGCCAAUAUUCACAAGGAGAUCUAUUCCCUAGCCAAGGUCCUAUUUUUCAAGACUUCUCAUGUCAAUAUUCCGAAGAAAAUUUGUGCCAGAAUCAAAAACAAAGUAAUUUCGACAAAUGUUUUGACCAUCAAAAACAAAUUGACAGCUUGAAAAGCAAAAUAAAACAGCAAGAAAAAAAAAUCGAGGAUCUAGAGUUAACUUCUAAAAAUGAAGCAAGAAAAGGGGAAAAAAAAGAAAUUUUGCUUAAUUUAGAGAAUAGCAAAAGAGAAAUUAAUGAUUUAAAAGAGACUAUUGAUGAUAAAGAAAGAAAAAUUAAAAAAUUAGAACAAGAAUUAGAAUGUGAAAAAAGUAAAAACAAAGAUUUUAGCAUAAAGGAGAUUGACAGUUUAAAAAAACUAAACGAGGAAAUGAAUAAAUCAGAUGAGAAAAGCAAUAAUCCUCCACAAAGUACUCUAUGAUGCUUUAAAGAAUUAAGAAGAAAUUUUUUAAUAAUUGAAAAUUCAAAGGAGAGUAUCAUGAUAGCUUCAACUAUGAAAAACCCUAUUAAAAUGACUGAAAGUUGUAAAGAAAUCAAUAAUUAUGACCAAAUUAAAAAUAAAAAUGCAAUUUUUGAAGAAGAGAAGGCAGUUAAAGAAAACUUAAAUAUAUAUUCAGUGCCAAUUUUUCAAUAUAGAAAAUGGGGACUGCCUAAUAUAGGAAACAGCUGCUAUAUGAAUUCUUUAUUACAAAUUUUAGCUAGUACUAACUGCUUUGUAAAAGCAGUUCAAAAUAUUUCGAAUUGUCCUAUGCUUGAAAAAAUCUCGAUAUUAGCAGAACAAAUUAGAAACAAGUCAACUAAAAUGCAAGCUUUAAUAUCAUCUCUAGAAAACUUUAGAUUAGAAAUAGGCAAACAAUUUCCACACGUAAGUUCUACUUAG